AAUCAGCCUAACCCAUACCCAUGUGAGUUACCAUCCACUAGCAUUUUUUAGCAGGCAAAGGCACAUCUUGUUUACCGGCUGUGGUGCGUCGAGAGGGGUCUGUGAGCUCCCUGUUUUAUGGUACGGAAGAGUAGCGGGUGCUUUUUAGUGUUGUUGCGGGAUACACUGACUUCCCGGUUGGGUAGUCAGUUUAUUGGUUGGUGUGUGUGUGUGUGCACAAGCAAAAAAGAUGGAGGAAGAAAACAGCUACUGCCUGCCCAGAGCCAGUGGCGGCGGCGUGGUCAGUUUGUUUCUCUGGGUGGUGCAGGGGGAGACCAAAGGAAUCAGCGAGCUGUGCCGCAUGCGUGCCGUUGCAAAAACCGAAUCGUCUUUUUCUGCCUCAAUCCCUCCCUCCACACCGUCCGUCCUUCAGUCCGUCCCUCACUCCCCGCCGGCCCAUCUCGGAAGAGAAACACCGAAUCAGGGAGUUGUUUGAGGUGUGAGUAGCGAAGACGGCUUUGCAGAGAGAGUGUCUGUGCAUGUAUAGCAUCAACAUGCCUACAUUAGUGUAAACA